CACACACACACACACACACACACACACACACACAAACAAGGAUACACUCUCACACACAUGGUCUUCCACACUCUCCCCAUCUCAGCCUCCUCUGUAGCCGCAUUGGAGCGAAUGCUGCUCAGGAGUAAUUCAGCCACUUAAUUUGUAGUCAUUGCAAGUUAUUGGAACAAGCUAAUUAAAAGGACUGUGAGUGUGUAUGUCUGUAGUGUGUGUGUGAGUGUAUGUGUCGACAAUUUGGAGACGAGGCAUUGGUGCUGCUGCCGCUGUACCGCGUCUCCUCGUCGACACGUCUGAGGAGCUCACGCUUCACUGUGGACCAGGAGGAGCAGGGGAGAGAAGAAGAAGAAGAGGAGGAAGUGGAGGAAGGAGAAGAGGGAGAGAGAAAGCAGGGUGGAAGGGGAUUUUAUACCACUGUACCAUCAUCUGCUCUGAAUGACAAGCGCAUAGGAAUCUGGCGCCACAGCAACUCAGCGACGUGGUAUCCGAGGAUUAGGAGACAGACCACUGGACAUAGGGACGCUCUAGAUAACAGUGAGAGGGAUGGCAGUGGAUGAGAAGCCGGGUGUAAAGAGCAGCAGCUCCAUCGUCCCCUGCUUCCUGUUUGUGGAGCUGGUGAUCAUGGCUGGGACGGUUCUUCUGGCUUACUACUUCGAGUACACGGACACCUUCCCUGUGCAUAUCCAGGGCUUCUUCUGCUACGACAAGACCUUUUCUAAACCCUACCCAGGUCCGGAUGACACCAGCAAGAUUCCUCCUGUCCUCAUCUACUCGCUUGUCACAGCCAUCCCCACCCUCACGAUUCUCAUCGGAGAGCUGUGUGCCUUCUUCACCAAGGCAGAGGGAACCCAGGAGAAGACCAUUGUCACAGCAGACUGCUGCUACUUCAAUCCCCUGCUGAGGCGCAUAAUACGCUUCCUAGGUGUCUAUGCCUUUGGCCUGUUCACCACCACCAUCUUCGCCAAUGCUGGCCAGGUAGUGACAGGAAACCAGACGCCUCACUUCCUGUCCGCCUGCCGACCAAACUACACAGCACUAGGCUGCCAGUCCACCAUGCAGUACAUUACAGAGCGCCGCGCCUGCACAGGAAACCCUUUGAUUGUCAUGUCUGCUCGUAAAUCCUUCCCAUCUAAAGAUGCAGCGCUCAGUGUCUACUCUGCAGUGUACACAGUGAUGUACGUGACGUUGGUGUUCAAGACCAAAGGCACAAGGCUGACCAAGCCCACCAUCAGCCUCACACUGCUCUGUCUGGCCAUGUUGGUGGGCGUGGUCAGGGUGGCUGAGUACCGUAACCACUGGGCAGACGUCCUGGCAGGAUUCUUCACUGGAGCAGCCAUCGCAGUGUUUUUGGUGACCUGUGUAAUAAACAACUUCCAGCAGCUGCAGCCCAGUCCUCCUCUGCCGAGACCCCAGCGCCCUGAGUCCGUGCUGGGCAUGCCCAUGGUGACGCUGCCCUGUGUGGAGAGUCCACUCGAAAAGUUAAGUGGCCCUCAGACUCCGAGUGGAUCUCCGUUCACCGAGAUCACAUGACCAUCAGCCCUAUCGGUUCCCCGCCACCCCCGAUGUCCUCAUACCAUCUCGCUCCAUUUCCAGCGAAGUCUAGACCAGCCUGAGCAGCACUCGCUGCACUGCGCCGCCCAUCCAGCUGGGCGGCACACGGCACUGCACCGCUCGUACUCUACACAGGUCUAGACCCCCAAAAACAAAUAUACUCACGCACCAGCUCUCUUAAUUCCCGGGGAACCGAUAGGAACAUUUUAGACUUUCUCUUUGCUGGAUAUCCAGUGAAGUAUGGAGACUUUGGAGCUCCCGAGUUGAACAUUGAGUACAGUGUCAGGUACAUUUCUUUUUAUUUUAUAUAUUCUAAGUAAAGGGUUUUUUUGUUUUAUUUUUACUUUUUUUUGUAUAAACUCACUGAUACAUUCAUCUUCAGUGGUUUACACUGAGAAGAAAAACCACCAGGAUUGUCCGCUUGUUUUUUUUUCCCUUUAUUUUCUACAACUGUGUGAAUGAGUUUCUCCUUGUUUGAAGAAAGCACAGGCUGAAAAGUAAACAUGACGGCGGACUCCCUGUUUGACUCCCAGGAGGACACAGCUUCGAUGUGUGCUGUCGGGAGGCUGCCAUGUUGGACCAAAGAACGCUGCUGAAGGAUGUGUGUGCUGCUGAGGUUUACCUCUAAAAACAUCCUUUUAGCAAGCCAUGCAAUCGCUGUCACACUGCACACACUCUUUUUUCUUUCCUCACUAUUUCUCUCACUCCUUGUCUCAUCCUACUGAUGCACACACAACCUUCAACAUGCUGUUGUGUGAGUGCGGCAGUCAUCUCUGUAUGAGGUUUACACUGAUCAAGGAUUUGUUUCAUAUCUCUCAGCAGACAAAAGUAAACAGGAUGAAAGUGCAAACAUCAUCACGUGGCUAUCGUCUUCACUUUUUCUCCCAGAUAGUUGCAGCUCCACCAAACUGAUGGGAUAUACAAACACAUUUGACGAGACAAAGCCCGGCUUUGACUGCAGGUGGCACAGUAGUGUCACAAAUAAAACACUUUGAGGAGCAGACAAGGAGCCUUCCUAAACAUCAGCCUUCAGACAUUGUUAGGUUUACAUUCACAUAGGAAAAGCAUCAGUUAUCCUUGAACUGGAUCAAAACUUUUAUUCCUAGAAAGAUCUCUUAAAAGCUUUUACUAAUGCAUUUAUUUAUUAACAUGUAUGUUGCCAUAAGUGUGGCAUGACAGUUUUGCUGAUUUUGAUUUGCACACUCCCUAUCAUUUUUUAUUCACCCUCCUUUUUUUCUCUGUGUUUUUAGCUCUUUUCUCUGUGAUAUGUUGAGUCAAACACAUUACAUCACUGUGCUGUAAAAUGUUUCACUCGGCUGGACAACAUACUCUCAAGAUGGACGACCUGUUUCAAAGAGCACAUGUAUAUUCAGACAUAUUUGGAAGCACACACAUGCACAAUCACACCUGUACCCCCUGACCCAGUUGUUACACUCCCUUUGCCCUUUGUCCACUUUAUAACUCCAAAACCUUUGUAUGAUAAUGUACAUAUUGUAUAUUUUUUUGUAUUGAGAGUGCAGUUUUUACACAAGCAUCACCAAACUUAAUGUUGAAAUUGGGGAAAACCUUGUAUUUAUUAUGGUGAUAUAAAGCAGUGUGUAAUGAAAGUGUUGAUGCACUUCAAUCCCACACUGGAUCGGCUUUAAAACAACCAGACAUCUCACUCUUUGUAUUGAACUGCUCACCAGCUGGUCCAUGGUUAACAUAAGAAACAUGUCUGCUGCCAGUUUAUAGGAUUUUAGGAUUUGUUUUGCAUUCACAUAGAACCAUAAACAGCAACAGAUUUGACUCUUUAUUCCCCCAUCACUUCCAUUCAUUUUAUGUUACAGCUCAAUGUAAAACUCAGCAAAGGUAGUGUAAAGCAAGCUAA